CCCCCUAUCUCCCACCCAAUUUGGGAUUGCAUCAUAAGUAUUCCAAGACCAGGCUUUGCAGCAGCAUAAGGCAGACAGCGGAGAAAGUAGGUGCUGCCAGAGUGAGUGCAAUCUCUUCCACUUCUAACCAGUAGCCUUGGACGCUGAUUCCAGACGCGCCUUACCGCGCAGCCCAAAGCUUCACCAUGGUGAAAAUCGCCUUCAACACCCCAACCGCCCUGCAAAAGGAGGAGGCACGGCAAGACGUGGAAGCUCUCGUCACCCGCACUGUCCGAGCUCAGAUCCUGACCGGGAAGGUAGCGCUCCGAGUUGCCACUCAGGAAAAAGAGAGCUCCUCUGGGAGAUGCAUGCUUACUCUCUUAGGCCUUUCGUUCAUCUUGGCAGGACUUAUCGUUGGUGGAGCCUGCAUUUACAAGUACUUCAUGCCCAAGAGUACCAUCUACAGGGGAGAGAUGUGUUUCUUUGAUUCUGAGGACCCUGCAAAUGCCCUUCCUGGAGGAGAGCCUUACUUUCUGCCUGUGACUGAGGAAGCUGACAUUCGUGAGGAUGACAACAUCGAAAUCAUUGACGUACCUGUUCCCAGUUUUUCUGAUAGUGACCCUGCAGCAAUUAUUCAUGACUUUGAAAAGGGUAUGACUGCUUACUUGGACUUGCUGCUGGGUAACUGCUAUCUGAUGCCUCUCAAUACCUCCAUCGUUAUGCCACCAAAGAAUCUGGUGGAGCUCUUUGGAAAACUGGCGAGUGGCAAAUAUUUGCCUCACACUUAUGUGAUUCGUGAAGACUUGGUUGCUGUGGAGGAGAUUCGUGAUGUUAGUAAUCUUGGCAUCUUUAUUUACCAACUUUGCAACAACCGCAAAGCCUUCCGCCUUCGUCGCAGAGACCUCUUGCUUGGUUUCAACAAACGUGCCAUUGAUAAGUGUUGGAAGAUUAGACACUUCCCCAACGAAUUUGUUGUUGAAACCAAGAUCUGUCAAGAGUAAGAGGCCAUAGAUUAAAAGUAUCCGUAGGUAUAAGAAGUCAGAGAUUUACAAUGUGACUUCAAUAUCAAAGUGUGUAGGAUACUCAAGAUAUUUACUCAUGCAUUUACUCUAAUAUAUGUAUUAGAAUAAUGUAUGUAUAUUAUUGGAGCCCUGGUAGCACAUUGGUUAAGAGCUUGGCUGGUAACCAAAAGGCUGGCAGUUGGAAUCUACCAUCCACUCCUUGGAAACCCUCUGGGGCAGUUCUACUCUGUCCUACAGGGUUGCUAUGAGUUGGAAUCAACUCAAAGGCAACGGGUUUGGCUUAUACAUAUAUAUAUAUAUAUAUAUGUAUCUAUAUGUGUAUGUAGACAUAUGUGUAUACAUACAUAUAUAUACAUAUAUAAAGAUACAUAUAUACCUACUAACCACUGCAAGCUUUUGUUGAUUCUUAGUUUAACUGAUAUUGCUUGUUAUUUGAAAUUGAAAAUGAAUAAUUCUUAUUUUCUUUUGAAUUUAUAGGGUUUAGAUUUCUGAAAGCAACAUGAUUAUGUCAGUUAACAUCCUGACAAUAAAUUCCAUCAUUUGUUUGUUUUUUUCUUAAGUAAAUUUUUUUAAGCUCUUUACUAUCAUAGGGCAGAGCAUAUUUUACAUUUAAAAUAGUUAAAAUUGUUUUUGACCUUUUUGUGUACAGCAUGUAAAAUCCUUAACAUUGUAAAGUUUCAUUUUGUUUUUCAUUUUGUGCAUCUUUCCUUGAUUUAAAAAUUACAUCUUUGCAAUUCUGUUAGGUGUUCUGUAAUAAAUCUGACAUGUGUGAACAA